CCCAGUGUUAACAGUUGGCCAGGCAGAGGGCAGGUGGGGUGUUUGAGUAAAGCCACAAUACCAGAUUAAACAAAAACAAAACAUCGCCACAGGACAACCACCACAGAAAGAGAAUCGCUCUCUCCGAAGAUCACGUGACCAGCCUUCACCCAAUGGGCUCCGGCCCUGGCUUUCCUUUCCUCAAGGGGAGCAGUUGAAGCUGCCGCUGGGGUUUGGAGAGAGACCAUGGUCCGACCACUCAACCACAAACCAAAGCUGUGACCGGGCAGGAGGCGGCAACGACACGUUCACCCAACAGAGACCGGAGGGAGAGAGGAAGAGACAGAAAGGCGGUGAGGUAUAGAAAGACAGUGAACAAGAGAAAAGGGUGAAGGGAAAAAGUGAGAGAGAGCAGACACAAAGACAGUGAGAGAGUAAGAGAGAGAGAGAGAGAGAGAGAGUCAGGGAGCACGGUUGGAUUACACUUUGAGUAAUUCAGCCAGAGUAUUACAGCUCAUCUGCAACCACAGGGAGGGACUGUCUCCCACCCCGGGACGGCAACACCUCGUCAGGGGACUCAGUUUUGAAAUUCCUGGGCUUGCGAGGAUAAAAUAGGAAGGAGGAGUGCAUCGGACGGGGGAAGGUUGGUCAGAGUUUCGGGGGCACCGGACGCUUCGUCAGUGGAGGAGGACCGCGUGUUCAAGAGGUGUGGUUGCGUUGAUAGGACCAGGAGCGUUGCCAUGGCAUCCAACAGCAUCUUUGAGUCGAUGCCGUCCUACCAGCCAUGCUUCAUCAGGGACCCAGCCCCUGGUCGGCGCUUCACCCCCCCUUCCACCACCCUGUCGUCAAGUAAGAUGAGCGAGGGUCUGCCCCUGGGUGCCCAGGAGAGUAGUAGUGCAAACCUGGUCGGAAAGCUACGUAUGGCAGAUAGGGGCAUGGUGGAGGUAUUGUCAGACCACCCCGGGGAACUGGUGAGGACAGACAGCCCCAACUUCCUCUGUUCUGUCUUACCCACACAUUGGAGAUGCAACAAGACACUGCCCAUCGCAUUCAAGGUCGUUGCCCUUGGCGAUAUCCCUGAUGGUACCUUGGUAACGGUGAUGGCGGGUAAUGAUGAGAACUACUCAGCAGAACUCCGCAAUGCCACGGCCGCUCUCAAGAACCAGGUGGCUCGCUUCAACGACUUGCGCUUUGUGGGCCGCAGUGGACGAGGGAAGAGUUUCACUCUUACCAUCACAGUGUUCACCAACCCUCCCCAGGUCGCCACCUACCAGAGGGCCAUUAAGAUCACUGUGGAUGGACCCCGAGAACCCAGACGCCACAGACAGAAGUUGGAGGACGUGAAGCCAGGAGCUUUGGCCUUCUCUGAACGUCUGAGCGAGCUGGAGCAACUAAGGCGAAGCUCCAUUAGGGGCACACCUCCUCACCACCAUCACCACGCCCCCACGCCCAACCCCCGACCCGCUCUGAACCCAGCCCAGUUCACCAGCUCCACACACCACACACAUAUACCAGACUCCAGGCAGAUGCAGACAUCUCCAUCCUGGUCCUAUGAGCAGUCCUACCCCUACCUGGGCCAGAUAACCACGCCCACUGUCCAUUCAAACACGCCCAUCUCGCCCAGCCGCUCUUCCCUUGGCGACCUGUCUUGCCGCCUCUCAGGCCCCGACCUCACAGCAUUCAGUGACCCCCGUAUGUCCUUGGACCGCCCGUUCUCCUCUCUGGCCUCGCUGCCCGACAGCCGAUACUCUGACCCUCGCAUGCACUACCCAGCUGGGGCCUUUACCUACACCCAUACUCCCGUAUCCAACGGCGCCAUCGGACUCGCCAUGGCGACAACCCCUGCCGGUCGCUACCCAACCUAUCUCCCUCCGCCCUACCCCACAAACACAACCCAGGGCCAAGGUGGACCGUUCCAGGCCGGCUCCUCCCCCUAUCACCUGUAUUACAGCGCGGCGGCCGGGUCGUACCAAUUCUCUAUGAUGGCGGGGGGAGGUGGGGAGCGGUCUCCUCCGAGGAUACUCCCCCCGUGCACCAAUGCGUCCACGGGUUCCUCCCUCCUGCACCCAUCUCUGCCCAAUCAGAGCGAAGGGGUGGGGGUGGAAGCGGAGGGAAGUCACAGUAGCUCCCCUGGCAAUAUGGUGGCAGAGGCCGUUUGGCGGCCAUAUUGAGUACAACAGGGGAGGUGGGGGUUGACCGAUGUUUGACAGACUUGCCGGACAAUGGGAAUCGGCAAAGGGUUCUAGUGGAGCUUUCCCACUGGAACAAUAGACUGAUCAUGGACAGAAUUGAGGAACAGAAACAGGGUGCCAUUUUACACUGAGGAGCAUGCAGCACUGAACGGAUUCAGCUUUGUUUUUAUAAAAGGAUUGGUUGCCAUUGUUAUGUUUGUUGUUGUUAUUAUGAAUUACACAUGCCAAAAAAAAUGGCUGCAUUUUGUGUGCCACAGACACCCCGUCUCCCACCACCUCUCCUUCCUUAUCCCCCUCUCCCCUCUUUCGAAAAAGAGAAUACUUUUAAUGCAAAUGGUGGCCCGCCACAGGGUGUGUCUGUUUGGUCAUGUUUGUAUUGGUUAUGGCUGUGAUAUUGUCUGCACUGAUACACAGUCAGCACUGUUAGGGAAUGGGUUAUGGCUAGGAAUAUAGAGGGAGUACUCUAUGUACUGUAUACUGUCCCACCAAAGCCAAACUGUCACAGGUUGUUUGCUUUAUGAUUCCUUAAUUUAUUCUCUCACAAUACCUUUUCGGUUGCAUCUCACAUUGACUGUGUGUGCGUGUGUUUGCGCGCGUGUUUCUGUGUGUGUGUGUGUGUGUGUGUGUGUGUGUGUGGGUGGGUUUUAUGUGUGUGUGUGAAUAAGUGAGUGUGUGAGUGCAAGGUUAGAAGGGACAGAUACUGCCCACAAUGUCACAUGAUUCAUAGCCUGUUUGUAAAUAGUCUAACUGUAAAUGAUGACGUUGUCCAUGUUUGAUGACAUCAUCAUUGCCUCCAAUACAGUUGUCCCAGCAUCAGGAUGUCACAGCAGCAUUGAAUACAACUUUUCUCACAUUUUGUUUUACUUUAUGAAUAUAAAUAUUGUUGUGAAGAAAAUACCA